AUGGAACAUACUGAUGUUUACAGAGUUGUAGACUUCGAGAAAAGUUUUUAUAUCGAAGAAAUUCAAUUUGAUAAAGAUAGUGAGAACAGAUUUUUCUAGAUUCUGAGAAUAAAAAGUUUUGCAGUUAUGACGUGGCAAAACACUUUUCCCAAACUUUAUAGCGUGAGAACUCCCAGCUCCUCAUAAAAGCCCCCAGCCUCCCCCAAAAAUCCAACAUGCUUCUCCUACUUCCAGUCCUCCUUUCAUGCUCACUUUUCCCUCAAGUCCUCCCAAAACCAACUUCAACCUAUAUUUCGCACCAGGAGGCCCAACACGUGGCGUUUAGUGUGAUAAUCACCAUGUUUUCCGCGUUCCCGACAGUGGAAAAAUUGAGCCUAGUAACUAGUUUUCAAAAAUCCAUUUUUACUAAACGGACGUGAAGUACAUUUGGAACAACUUGUCAAACGUUUAGAGGAAAUUCUUGGAGCGCUCAAUCAGAAUUUCACCGAGGAAUCAAUUCGAAACCAAGAAAAAAAGCUUUUCCAAUUGUCCGAGGAUCGAAAAGCGAUUCUCUACUACCGAACCAAGCAGCAUGAUUUUGAGGCGUUCGAAAAAUAUUACGAUGCGGAAGACGAAACUUGGUUUGAUAAUUGGGUUGAGAAAAAUGGUGGAGAAAUUUUGAAUCUCAACGCGGAGUACAAGAAACAAUUCGAUGAGGCAAUUACUGAUGUUACACGUUCUUUCGGAUCUUUUAAUUUCACAUUUGGGCUGCAGGCUUCUUCACAAGUUUUCAAAAUUGUACCCUUUGCCAGAAGUUUUUACGUGGCAGAAGUUGAAUUUGAUGUGGAGGAUAAUAACAGAAUCUUCUAG